AUGGUAUUCAUUAUUCUCAUCCUGCUACUUGGAGGAAGUUAAUCAUAAGGAUGUCAACCUUACGGUGUUAGAUUAUUUUUAGGACAUUAUUUUAGUUACCUGAGAAAUAGCUAAGAUCUAAUCAGAGUAGUCUUCAAUACAGAAAAAGAAUGCAAAGACUAGUUUAUACUUGAGUUAGUUGAUAAUAAACUAGGUCACAAAUUAAUGAUUUCAUAAAUCACAUACUACGAUACUCAAUUACUAAACAUGACAUAGAUAUAUGAAAAGAAUGAGACUACCCAUUUUACUUAUGAGACUUUCAUUCAUACAUUUAAAGUUGGAUUAAAUAAUAUAGAUCUCAAUGCAUCAACAACUUAUGAUUACACUAUAAUUUCUAAAUAAAAUUAAAUAUUAUCCGGUCCACAUAGGUUUGAUAUUCCCUGGGCUGAGAGCGAAUAAAAAAUGAUAGUGUUUGGAGAUAUGGACUCAAAUUGGGUGUAAAAUUAUUCAAAGGACACUUUCGAUUGGUUGGAAAAUUAGGUAAAAGCUGAUAAACGAUAUGAUACGGUCCUAUUUACAGGGGAUAUGGCAUAUGAUUUGGAAUCAAAAAAUUGUCAAUAAGGAGACAAUUGGCUCAGAAAUCUUUCGGUAUUUACUAGUAGGUAUCCCUUUAUGGCAGCACCUGGCAAUCAUGAUUGGGGGAAUAAUACUUAUUUCGACUUCUUUAGAGCAAACUUUGGAUCCUUGUUCUUAAAGGAAUACAACACUUAACACUAUCUUAAUGAUUUCUUUAGUUUUGAUGUGGGAAUGGUUCAUUUCAUAUAGUUUAAUCCAAUAAAGGCAGUCUACCAAAAUGACAUCUAUAACAUCACACCUUUAAUAGUCGAACAAAUGAGAAACGAUUUGAUUCAAGCAAAUUAUAAUAGAGAGAAGGUCCCAUGGAUUAUAGUGUAUACUCAUUAUCCCAUAUAUUGUGCAGUUCCAAAAAAUGAUCAAUGCAUAAACAAUUUUAAGUACUUAUCAGCAUUUGAGGAUAUGCUUGUUGAAUUCAAAGUAGAUCUAUAUCUAAGUGGUCAUGUUCAUACUUAUCAAAGAAAUAAACCAUAUUAUAAAAAUACUACUGCAAAAUACAUAUAGAAAGAUAACAUCAUUUCAUAAUAUUAAUACCCAGUGUAGAUAAUUGAGGGUGCAGGGGGAACAGAUUAUGGAGAAUAAAAUUCCACUUAUCCAGAUAGUCCGUUUAUGGAGAUACAAAACCCCAAUCAUGGAGUAGGAAUAAUCACGGUGAAAAACUCUACGCAUUUGUAUUUUGAACAUAUAACUGUGGCUGAUAAUAAAGUCAUAGAUUCUAUUUGGUUGGACCGUUCUAGUGAUAAAACUAAAACAACAACUCGGGAUGGUUUUGAAGUUGCUAUGUGGGUAAUCUUUUCUGUUUUAAUUGUUAUUACUGGUGUUUCUAUAUAUUACAAAUCAAAUCAAGGAAAAAAGCUCAAAAGUAAACUCUUAGAAGAAACAGUAACUAUGGUUGUCACUUGA